CCCCAGUCAUCCAAGGUCUGGUCAGUGACGUGGUGAAGGCAGGUAAAACACUGAUGCUGCUCUGCCAGUCCCACGGAGGAAACCCACUGGCCACCCUGCAGUGGACCAAGAACGGCGAGGUGCUGUCCACCAGCUGGGAGGAGGACACAGUGGCGAGGAGGUCCAGCAGCCUGCUGCCCCUGGAGGUGCUGCCCCAGGACAACCAGGCCCUACUGGGCUGUGAGGCCACCAACCUGGUGUCCAAGGCCCCACUGUCCAUCCUACGCAGGCUCACUGUCCACUUCGAACCCAAAGAGGUCAAAGUGCUGGGGUCCUUCAAUGCCGUCGAGGGGAAGGAGGUGUCUCUGUCCUGCUCCAGCAGUUCCAGUAACCCUCCUGUCCAGAUCCGCUGGUGGCUGGGCUUCCAGGAACUCAACUCCACCUCCGUCGUUCUGGAAGAGGGAGACCAUGGAGGCAUGACCAGCAUGUCCAACCUGACCCACCUCGUGUCUCGCGAGGAGAACGGACUUCCACUCACCUGCGAGACCUUCAACAAGGGCACGCGCUUCUCCAAGAGCCAGUCCACCAACCUUCAGGUCUUCUACCCUCCCCAGAAGGUGUGGUUGGAUGGUCCUCCAGAGGACAUCCCCCUGCGCUCAGGAACCACCGUCCAUCUUGUGUGCUUCUCCAGCGGGGGAAACCCAACCGGAACCCUCACCUGGUACAAGAAUGGCAGGGCCGUAGAAGCUUCCAGGCACUUGCCCUCAGACAAGGGAGUGUCCAGAGAGCUGGUUCUGCUGCUGCAGCCUAGCGACAACCAAGCUAAUUACCGCUGUGACGCCACCAACAGCGCCAAGAAGACGCUCUCAGCCUCCUCCAAGCUGCUCGUCCAGUUUCCAGCCACCAGCGUAAAGAUCGAGGCCCGGCAGAGUGUACUUCACAGCGGACAAACGUUGCAGCUCGAGUGCCUGACUGGGAGUAGUAACCCCCAGACCAACAUCUCCUGGAGCCUCGGGCCCAAGAGUCUACAGGGGGUGGACUUGGUCCUCAGAAAUGCAAUGUUUGGUGGGGUGUCGGUGCGCAGUAGUCUGCCCUUGCCUCUGGAAUCGCAGCACCAUGGCAAAAGGGUCGUCUGCCAGGCUUACAGCUCUCUGCUGUCUGAGGGAGUCAACACCUUCUACCAGCUUGACGUGCUCUUUCCUCCAGAGUUCAGCCCCGACCAGCCCAAGCAGGUUCAGAUCCAGGAAGACGAGGUGGCGACCCUCCCCCUGCUGGUCUCGGCCAAUCCGGACGAGGUCUCCUGCAGCUGGCUGUACGGCAAAGAGCCGCUCAGAGAGGGGGAUGAGGUGGAGCUGGAGAUAGUGAAUGCGACCAGGAGAGAUGCCGGCGUGUACACGGCCCAGUGUACCAACGAGCUGGGGAGCAGCCACACCUCCAUCACCCUGGACGUCCUGUACGCCCCCAGCGUGAGGGCUGAGGUGAACCCUGUUUACGUGGACGUGGAGGGGACGGCAGACCUGCUGUGUGUGGCGGAUGCCAACCCCGUCCCAUCCGGCAUGUUCUCCUGGAAGUGGCUGGGGGAGAUGGACGGAGAGAUGGAUAUUGGGGAGGAGAUCCAGAGGGAGGAAACAGGCCUGCUGACCAUCCUGGAGGCGACCCGGGCCUCUGCAGGGCGCUACCAGUGCACUGCUGACAACGGCAUAGCGCCCCCUGCCAGCGUGGAGGUGGAGCUGGUGGUGCGCUUUAAGCCAGAGCUCCAGAAGGGGCCCCAGUGGACCAAGGUGGCCAGUCGGGGGGAUGGCACCAGCACAGCUGAGGUUGUGUGCCAGGCCGAGGGCAUCCCCAAGGUCGAGUUCUCCUGGGCCAAGGACGGUGUGCCCAUGGACUUCUCAAACCCCAGGUACGAGGAGCAGACAGUGAGAGAGAGCUUCAUCCACAUCAGCACGGUGAAGGUGGUGAACGUCAGCGCAGCGCUUGACUACGUGGUCUUCACCUGCGGCGCUCGCAACCCGCUCGGAGAGGAUUCCCUGGACAUCCAGCUUCUCAGCACCAAUCAUCCAGACCCUCCAUCAGGGCUCAGUCUGCUCGACGUGACCCACAACUCGAUCACUCUGGAGUGGAUCCCGGGUUUCGACGGGGGCCUGGAGCAGAGGUUCAGAGUACGGUACCGCUGGGCUCAGUCUGCCAGCUUCCUGUACGUGGACGUGUACCCUCCCAAAGCUAACGUCUUCGCCGUCACCGGCCUCUCCCCCGCCACCGCCUACAACCUCUCAGUCAACGCCCUGAACGCCAUCGGGGAGAGCAGCUACGCUGACAACAACGCCGUUCUCACCAUCACCACCGAGGGUCAGUUGGAAGGUGUGGUUGACACGGAAGAACCAGGACGAGGCUCAGAGAAGGACAGUGAUCUGUCGACUUCCCUGUUGGUGUCCUUGGGGGUGGGCGGAGUCUUGCUGCUGAUCAACAUGCUGGGAUGCUUCCUGGUACUGAGGUGGAGGAAGAGGCGGGGCCAAACAGAGAGUCCAGGGGAAAGUGAGUCGGAGGGAAAGAAGAGUGAGGAGGAGAGGUCCACCCUGUCCACGGUGAGCAGCUCCAGCAGGUACGAGGUGAGGGAGAGGGUGAACCCGUCCGCCCAGCACACCCUCCUCAUGGACUCCGGAUCCGAACCGGACGGCAGCGUCUACGAGAGCUACGGCGCGGAGAGCUGUCAUUAUUACUACCCCACCGGUGACUACCGGCCCUCUCUCCUCCCAGUUCCCGAGGGCCCGCCCACAUACGGGGCCCGCUACCCGGGGGAGAGCCACGAGUAUGAGGAGGUGAGGGCCCGGGGUCUUUACCAGGACGUACUGCCCCCCUCUCUGCCCCCACCUCCCUCCUACGCUGGACCCAGGGUCCCCCAGGCGGUCGACAGGAGACCCCCUCUCCUGUUCCCGGAGAGAGGAGGGAGGGGCACGGCUUUCAGGGAGCAGCCAAUCAGAAUAAACGAUCGCACGGCUGACGGGCCACCCCAGAGAAGCGAUUAUGACUUGCCCUUUGAACUUCGGGGAGAGCUGGUGUAGUGAGGUUAGACCUCAAUUUGAUCAGAUGGAUUUCAGUCCAGACUCUCUCAUGCUGACCUCAAGAAGUGGACUGUUGUUUGGUAUAGCCGUUGUAUAAGUGUGGUCAUUGGGGUGCAGCAUAGUAAUUUAGCAUAUCUGUUGCUGUUAACAACAUCCUCUGUAUUGUUGGUUUCAUUCAAAUAACCGAAAGAAAAUGCUU